AUGUCUCACUCACAUAUCAAUGUCAAGGAUGAUGAGGUUGAUAUUGUGAUCGCAGCACUCCGUUCUGACCUGACAUCGUUCCUGAACGAAUGGAGACCAAUAUUCUCUCGAUUUCACUUGAUCAUAGUCCAGGACCCUGAUCUGAAAGAGGAACUCCAUUUAUCAGAAGGCUUUAACAUUGAUAUUUAUAAAAAAUCUGAUAUAGACCGAAUAGUGGGUUCCUCCAGUUCCACUGUCUUCACUGGUUACUCAUGCAGGUAUUUUGGCUUUCUUGUGUCCCAGAAGAAAUACAUUGUCUCUAUUGAUGAUGACUGCAUGCCAGCCAAGGACAAAGAUGGUUCUUUAGUAGAUGUUGUGGCCCAGCAUAUAUCCAAUCUGGCAACUCCAGCUACUCCCUUCUUUUUUAACACACUGUAUGAUCCUUUCCGAAAGGGAGCAGAUUUUGUUCGUGGUUACCCAUUCAGCCUACGUACUGGGGUCACAUGUGCACUGUCAUGUGGAUUGUGGCUGAAUUUGGCAGACUAUGAUGCACCCACACAAGCUCUCAAGGGAGGGCAGAGGAAUUCACGAUACGUAGAUGCUGUGCUGACUGUCCCAGCUAGAGCCUUGAUGCCUUUGAGUGGAAUCAACAUUGCUUUCGACCGUGAGUUGGUGGGCCCAACUUUGUUCCCGGCUUUUAGAUUGGCAAAGGAGGGGAAGUUUAGGUGGGAAACAGUGGAAGAUAUUUGGAGUGGAAUGUGUGCAAAGGUUAUAUGUGAUCAUCUUGGGCUUGGUGUGAAAAGUGGACUUCCCUAUGUAUGGAGAACAGAAAGGGGCAAUGCCAUCGAUAGCUUGAAAAAAGAGUGGGAAGGGGUGAAGCUGAUGGAGGAAGUGGUUCCUUUCUUUCAGUCAGUAAGGUUGAAUCGAGAAAUAGUUAAAACAGAGGAUUGUGUACUGGAGGUUGCAAAACAGGUGAAGGAGCAGCUAGGUCAAUCGGAUCCUGUAUUUACUCGUGCUGCUGAAGCAAUGGUGGAGUGGGUGAAGCUUUGGAAGGAAGUGGGAUCCAGUUAGAGGAAUUAAUUGUUAAAUCUGGUGCUGCUUUUUUUCCUCCUACAGUUUACUUAUAAUUCACGUUUACCUGUGUUGUUGGUGUUUGAUUUGCCCCUUUUUUACUGAUUUGUAGCUGACUAAAAUAGUAUGAUAUGUGGGGUCGAAAUAAUGACGCCAUAUUUAUUUGUUGCUAUGACAAUUUUUAUAGUAUUGGAGUGUUCCUUGUUACAUUGCAAUUCAAUGGUCAAAAUGUAGUCAUGGAUUUAUAAUAUUGGAGUGUUUCUUGUUA